CGGAACAGUGAUUGCGUCGUGUCAUUCGCGGUAUGUUUGGUAUAUGUUUUGUAUGUUCACUGUUCAGUAUGGUUUAAUAUAAUGUCUGCACGUAGCGGCUCAUGAAUUGCGUGACCAUAAAGCUCAUAGGUGCGCCCGAGUUGUGAUAGGUGAACACUAGCUAAAAAAGUUGAUUCAGAUACUCGAUAGGCGUCAUUGCGAAAGGUAGUUUCCAUCUAGGCCCUGGCUGGAGAACUGAAGUUUCGUGUGUGGUGCAGUAGAACUAGCAGAAGAUUAUAAAUAAGUGCUCGAAGCGCGUAGGCAGCCUUCUGGUGGCACCAAAUUCUAACUUUUCCGACCUUCAACAGUUGUGCGGUGAAGUUGUUUAUCUUGCCGUGACCCAGGCCCAUGGCCCAGUAGAUGGAAAGCAAACGAACGUGAGCACAAAAACCACACCAAAAGUAGCUAGGACAGCAGACCGAUCGGAACCGAUACGCACAAUGACGAGUGGCUUUGCAGCGGUCUUCUGGCGGUUCUUCCACUGGGGACCGCUGAUUGCGAUGACUAUCAUCAAAUCCAUCACCCUAAUGACGCUCUACCUGAAUGCCAUGUGGUGGCCCCCGAACCGGUCGUUCGGAGGUUUUCUCAACCAGACCAUAUUCCUGAUGCUGUCGGCGAGCACCGGGUUUAAUUUUGUGAUGGCCUCUCUUACUGGUCCCAAGUUCCUGCCGCUGCGCUGGCGUCCGGAGAAUCCGAAGCAUGAACAGUUCCUACAGUACUGCACCAGCUGUGAAGGUUUUAAGGCACCACGGUCGCAUCACUGCCGGAAGUGUGACCGAUGCGUGAUCAAGAUGGACCAUCACUGUCCGUGGAUUAACCACUGCGUUGGCUGGGCGAACCAUGCGUACUUCACGUGGUUCUUGGCGUUCGCGGUUGCUGGUUGCAUUCAUGCCACAGUCAUUCUGGCUGGAUCACUGUAUGCCGGGCUGCACCGGGACUGGUACGUGUACUAUGGGCAGUACUCGAAAGCGACCGUCCAUUUAGGGCUGUGGAGUUUGAUUCUGGGCGUGCUGAAUGUUGGACUUGCCAUAGGGGUUAUCAUCGCCGUCGGGAUGCUGCUGUUCUUCCAAGUUCGAUCGAUUUUGAACAAUCGAACCGGCAUCGAAGAUUGGAUUCUCGAAAAAGCGAAACACCGCCGGGAAGCCAGCGGGGAAACAUUUCGCUAUCCGUAUGAUUUGGGUAGGUGGCGUAAUUUGCAGCAGGUCGCUAGCUGGACGUGCGCACCGAUUGGCAAUGGAAUUGUGUGGGCUGUGGCGGACGGUUGUGAUCAAUAUACUCUGACGCGCGAACAGUUGCGACAGAAGUCGGAGAAACGCGCACGCACAAGAACCUACACCAUCCAUAGACCAGCGACCGGAAGUUGGGUGCCACUGUGGUCCCAGGGCUGCCGGGUUUGCCUCAGCCCUCCUCUGACCGACGAGCCCCGGAUUAAGCUAGAAGUAGGUGACGUGGUUCGAGUCACCCGUUGGCGAAAACACUGGCUUUUCGGAGAGAAGGCGAACGAGGAGCCAGUUGUGGAGCACAAAAAUGGUACCAAAAAAGAGCGGAAGCAAAAAGCCAAAGCGAAGGUCCAACCGACCGUUGACGAAGGGCAAAAACCUCCCCGAAUACGAGGUUGGUUUCCGCGGCAAUGUGCUGUCGAACUUAUGGAGGAUGACGACGGCUUAGAACAGCACCAGAAUCAUUUUAAUGAGAAGAAGAAAGUCAAAUAGACCGCCAUCUUCAUCAUCACCAUCAUCGUCGCUGUCUGGAGCAGUUUUGUAAAUUAUUUGCCUUCUUAUUGUGCUUUUAGUUUGAGUGACCUGCCAUACGAUGCAACCGGCUAGUAUUUUAUCGUAUGCGGAGAAUAUAUUUUUAUCAGCCAUUUUUUUUUGUAUGCGAACAAAAAUAAAACGUAUAGUUGUAGACAAUUGUGUUUGUACGCGGCAUGUGGUGUGGGGUUUACUUUCCGAAAGGAAGCCUUCGAACCAAAAAAAAAAACAGUGAAACUUUAUGGCAACUGACAAGUUGAGGAGGUUCGGUCUGUUCAGUCAAACAUCAGUUUUGAUACCAUCAACUUCAUUUUUA